AUGGGAACUAUCUCGCAAGAUCAUGCCAAGUUGGACUCAGACACAAUUGCAGAUGCCAUUAGGCCGUUGGUCGAAGCAGAUCCGUCCAUAAAGGUGAAGUCUAUUAUUGCAGAAGUUCAGUCAAAGUUCAACUACACUAUCAGUUACCGCAAGGCUUGGUUGGCAAAGCAGAAAUCGGUCGCAAAAGUUUUUGGUGGUUGGGAGGUUUCUUACCAGACUCUGCCAGUUUGGUUGAAAGCAAUGACUGCAAAGAUGCCAAGGUCUCGUGUUCAAAUAAAGACGCUCAUUGUUUACCGUGAGAGUGAGGAGGUUGAUGGGACACACCUGUACGGAAAAUAUAAAGGUGCGCUUCUAGUUGCCGUUGCACAGGAUGGGAACCAGAACAUUGUGCCUAUUGCGUUUGCAAUAGUCGAGGGUGAGACGGCAGACGCGUGGGAGUUUUUCCUAAGCAACCUGCGGAGAUAUGUUGUGACCAUCGAUGGCGUCGGCAUUAUUUCUGACCGCCAUAACUCCAUCGACGCAGCAAUAGCUCGCAGCAACGGUGCAUGGUCACCGCCAAGAGCGUGGCACAUGUACUGCAUCAGGCACAUCGGUUCUAACUUCUUAAGGAGGUUCAAGACUCCAUAUUUGCAUAAAAUCGUGGUUAACACAAGAUAUUCUAGGACGGAGCAAGAGUACAACAAAAACUACCAAAGGCUGAGAGAGCGGGGUGAGGCGUAUGCGCAAUGGUGUGAUGAGAUCGGUGUUCAGAGAUGGGUGUUGGCAUUCGACGGGGGUCAUCGUUGGGGACAUAUGACGACAAACUUGGUAGAGUGCAUAAAUUCUGUCCUGAAGGGUGCACGCAACCUUCCUGUGACUGCCAUUGUUAGGUCUACUUUCUAUCGGCUGAACGAAUUGUUCACUCGAAAGAGCUCCGAGGCUCAUGAGCGUGUCCGCAAUGGAUUCACAUAUUCAGAAUUUGCCACCAAAAGAGUCGAAGAAAGUUUUCGACGUGCAGGCAACAUUGUGGUCAAUAGGUUCGACAGGCGCAACGAGAUGUUUGAGGUUCGCGAAAUGCAAGAUGGUUCCAUUCACACCGUUAAUCUCGCGCAACGACACUGCGAUUGUGGCCACUUCCAGGUCGAGCGACUCCCAUGUCGCCACGUCCUUGCAUGUUGCGCCAACCAGCGUCUUGAUUGGCAAAUAUAUGUGCAUGACGUGUACAAAAUGUCCGAAAUUUGCAAGGUCUACAGAGGCGAGUUUGUCCCGAUGGGUGACCCAUCUACGUGGGCUCCGUAUGAAGGAGCGAAGGUGAUCGCGAAUUGGACAUUGAGGCGCGCAACGAAAGGAAGACCGAAGUCAACCCGCUACUUGAAUGAGAUGGAUUCGCGGGACAUGCGUCGUCCUCGCCGGUGUACUAUAUGUGGACGGGAGGGACAUAGCCAGAGUCGAUGUCCGCAGCGCGCAGAAUCAAGCUCUGCCCGGAAUCAAUCGUGA